AUGUGUAAGCUAUUCCCCAGGAUCAGGAGACAAACAAUCUCGAAGCUCUUCCCCAGACAAGAUGCUGAUAGGUUUGAAGCUUCACCACCACCUCCAAGCAGCCCCCCAGUUGCGUCUCCCGUCGCGUCCCGGGACUCACCCACUCCCAACAACGGCUUGGAGUCGCCUUACGUCGAGCGUAGCAACCCAAUGGGCUCCGGUAUCGCCCAGACCGUCACCUCCCGCGACCCCAAGGCCGCAGCUCAGGCUGCCACCGACAUGAAGAACGUCGUUCGCCGGAAGCUGACUGGCUACGUGGGUUUCGCCAACCUGCCCAACCAGUGGCACCGCAAGAGUGUUCGCAAGGGCUUCAACUUCAAUGUUAUGGUUGUCGUCCACUCUCGUGAACACUCUGUUCAACACCUCGCUCUACCCCCGAAGGAGCGUACUGGCCCCAAUGCCGAUAUCAUCCCCAAGACCGUGUCUAUCCAGUCGACCAGCGCCGACAUCGAGGAAAACGGCGUGCGUCUCCGCCUGAGCGUUAUUGAUACCCCCGGCUUUGGUGACUUUGUCAACAACGAUGACUCCUGGCGCCCGAUUGUCGAGAAUAUCGAGCAGCGCUAUGACACAUACCUCGAGGCCGAGAACAAGGUCAACCGCAGCAACAUUGUCGACAACCGCAUCCACGCCUGUGUCUACUUCAUCCAGCCUACCGGUCACUCCCUGAAGCCCCUGGAUAUCGAGGUGAUGCGCCGUCUGCACACCAAGGUCAACCUGAUCCCCGUCAUUGCCAAGGCUGACACUCUGACCGACGAGGAGGUUGCCCUUUUCAAGCAGCGUAUCCUUGCCGACAUCGAGCAACACUCCAUCCAGAUCUUCGAGGGUCCCCGCUACGAGCUUGACGACGAGGAGACCAUUGCUGAGAACCAGGAGAUCAUGUCCAAGGUUCCUUUCGCCGUUGUUGGUGCCAACUCCGAGGUGAACACUGCUGACGGUCGUCGUGUCCGUGGCCGUAGCUACCCCUGGGGUAUCAUCGAGGUUGAUAACGAGGAGCACUGUGACUUUGUCAAGCUGCGCCAGAUGUUGAUCCGCACCCACAUGGAGGAGCUCAAGGAGCACACCAACAACUUCCUGUACGAGAACUACCGUUCCGACAAGCUCACCAUGAUGGGUGUUGCUCAGGACCCAAGCGUUUUCAAGGAGGUCAACCCUGCCGUCAAGCAGGAGGAGGAGCGCGCCCUGCACGAGCAGAAGCUGGCCAAGAUGGAAGCCGAGAUGAAGAUGGUCUUCCAGCAGAAGGUCGCCGAAAAAGAAAGCAAGCUCAAACAGAGCGAAGACGAACUAUAUGCCAGACAUCGCGAGAUGAAGGAUCAGCUAGACCGCCAGCGCGCAGAACUCGAGGAGAAGAAGGGUCGCCUCGAGACCGGGCGCCCCGUCGAAGAGAAGGGCAAGCGAAAGGGCUUCUCGCUUCGCUAA